AUUUCUCAUCCUUGGACAGACGGCUGCGCAUUCUACGUACUCCGCGACCCCCCUCCAGCCCUUCACCGGAGCCGAACCGAGGCGAGCGAGGGCAUCUUUACCGGAGUUUGACCCGGCGUUACCUCCGCUCUGGAAAAAAGUGCGAGGAUUCAUCCGAGAAGAGGUGCUUUGAAUCGAGAUUUUCAGACGUUUGGAAAGUGUUCUUCUGACCACAUCUGCUGGACAAACCCACCGCCUUCGUCUGUUCUGCCCUCGUCCUGAAUGCCCCCCUGCGUUUCCCUUUGGAUCUGAAAUAGACACUUACUAUCUUACUGUUAGCACCUGUUAGCAGCCAGCAUGGAGCGCAGCAGCUGGAGCGGCAGUGAGAGUCCAGGUGAGGACAUGGACAGACUCAGUGACUCUGGAGGAGACAAGACCAUGGACGGGGACCCGGAGGGAGUGUGGAGCCCCGAUAUCGAGCAAAGCUUUCAGGAGGCGUUGGCCAUCUACCCCCCCUGUGGACGGAGGAAGAUCAUACUGUCAGACGAAGGCAAGAUGUAUGGUCGGAACGAGCUGAUAGCCAGAUACAUCAAGCUGCGGACGGGCAAAACGCGCACGAGGAAACAGGUAUCCAGUCACAUCCAGGUCUUAGCCAGAAGAAAAUCCCGGGAAUUUCAGUCCAAACUAAAGGACCAGAGUGCAAAGGAGAAGGCCCUUCAGAGCAUCUCCUCCAUGUCGUCUGCCCAGAUCGUCUCAGCCACAGCCAUCCACAGUAAACUCCUGCCCGGCAUAGUCAGGGCCAGCUUCCCCGGCAACACACAGCUGUGGCAGGGCAUGAUCCCCGGAGGACAGUCCAGCUCCACUGCAGAAGACAUCAAGCCCUUCUCACAGCAAGCCUACCCCGUUCAGACAGCAGGGACCACCACCAUCCCAGGCUACGAACCUCCCGCUGCCGCCCAGACGCACAGAGAGCCAGCGUGGCAGGGCCGCUCCAUCGGCACCAACAAACUCCGACUGGUGGAGUUCUCCUCGUUCCUGGAGAGUCAGAGGGAGCAGGAGGCUUACAACAAGCACCUGUUUGUGCACAUCAGCCAGUCGAGCCCGAGCUACAGCGACCCCCUACUGGAGUGCGUGGACAUCAGACAAAUCUACGAUAAGUUCCCUGAGAAGAAAGGAGGCCUGAAGGAGCUAUUCAGCAAAGGCCCACAGAACGCAUUCUACCUGAUCAAGUUUUGGGCGGAUCUGAACUAUAACGUACAGGACGACCCAGCAGCCUUCUAUGGCGUCACCAGUCAGUACGAGAGCUCCGAAAAUAUGACCAUCACCUGCUCCACCAAGGUCUGCUCCUUUGGCAAACAGGUGGUGGAAAAAGUGGAGACGGAGUACGCCCGCUUUGAAAAUGGCCGCUUCGUGUACAGAAUCAGCCGCUCCCCGAUGUGUGAAUACAUGAUCAACUUCAUCCACAAACUCAAGCACCUGCCCGAGAAGUACAUGAUGAACAGUGUGCUUGAGAACUUCACUAUUCUGCUGGUGGUGAGUAACAGAGAGACCCAGGAGACGCUGCUGUGCAUGGCCUGUGUUUUCGAAGUGUCCAACAAUGAACAUGGAGCUCAACACCACAUUUACCGCCUGGUCAAGGAAUAACACAAACUUACCCCAUCCCAUGUUUCAACGAUGGCCUUCUGAAGAGUCUUUCAGCCAAAUACUUUAGUGAAGGAACCAGCUGCCUUGUUUAACGCUGCCCUAUAGUCCUGUUUGAGUGGUGGACAUGGCAGGAUGGCAAAACUAUCAAAUCGACCAAGAGGAUUCGCAACUCAAACAUGUCCAAAACAUCACCACCCCCAAAAUCUGCAACCAUUUUGUAUUUUUGCUUUCAAUGAUGGUGCACUGGGGCUUGGUCCUAUUUGGGAAUUUCCUCUCAGGUGAUUGGAAAAACAUGACUGGCCUAAUAUAUGUAUGUGUGUGUGCGUAAAAACCUGUCUAUGGACACUGAAGUUCAGACCCUGUGUUUCACCAAUAUUCAGAAGAAGUAACACUACUAUCUGCAGUGAUUUUGUACAGAAACUAAUGUGUGUCUUCUAACACAAAAAGGAGGACUGUCCCAAAGAGAUGAAUCGCAUUUUACCCGCCUCUUGUAUGUUGAAAUUAUUGAAGCAUCUGAACAGGAUUAUCAGUAGUUGCAUAUAGACUAUAUUUUAAUUCUAAUAAGAUAUCUAAAAUAAUGUAAUUAAGAGAUUUAAAAACAAUUCAGGUAUCAUUCAAAUUGUUUUAGAUGGGAAAAUACAUGUCAAAAAAUAUGAAAGGCCCAUUUAGAACAGACACAAGUCACCGCGUAUCGAUGAAUCAACUUUAUAUGCCAGACAGAAAUAAAGCUUUAACAUACUGUAUAUACAGAUCACUAAUAAUUUGCCCAAAACAGAAUUUAACCAUCCUUCUCUAAAAACAAAUUAAGAAGAGUACAAAGCUUGAACUGAUAGAUUAUUAUAUAAAGAACAAUACAAAUUCUGAUAAUAAAUAAAUAAAUAAAAUAAAUAAAUAAACAAACAGACUUCUUUUAUCAAUUACCAAAAAGCAGACAUGCUUCAGCUGCAUGAAGUGCCUUUGAAGGGGAGCAGUCAUUUUGGGAUUCUAAAAAACAUAUUCGACAAAUGUACAUGUUUUAAGUGCUAAGAUAAUUUUUACAAAUGUCAUGCUAAUUGGUUUGUGUUGGGGCCAGCCUUAUGUGUUCUGUGUGUGAAAAACAUAAGCCUGAGCAGAUUUGAUGUUAAGCACAAGUUUAGUUGAAAUUACAAGUGCUCUUUGAGGCCCUCUGGUGGACAAGUGCGGUCCACCCCAAAGCCGUGAAUUUCCUCUUGGAUUUGUUUGUGGUUUGGGGGAAGUUUCUACUAAAUCCGAGCUUUGGUUGUUCUUGGAAAGGUCCACGCAGCAGCAGGAGUUUGUGGUGAGGUCACAUGAUCGCGUCAGCUAACACAGAGCUGGGACUCACAGUGGACUGAGCUGACAGCCUGGACUCUUAUCUUCACCUGCCCGACCAAAGACUCCCAUUUUUAAAUCACUAAACCUAAAAACACUGGCACUACAUACUGCUAUUAAGGGGUCAUUUACAUCACAAUUGACCAUUCAAGAUUUUUUUUACUUGAAAAUAUGAUCAGAUUUGUGUACAGUGUUAAGUAGCUAUAUAGGUUAUGAAUAGGAUGCUAAUGAAUGCCAAAACAAUACUGCAGUAACAUCUUGCCACACUGAAGAUUGGGUAAAAAAUCAAGUUAGUAUGUCAUGUUAGUAAGGUUAUUCUUGACAAAAUGUAUGAGAGUUUUGUGCAUUUCAAAGCACUAUAAAAAAGUAUUGUUUUAUCAACAGAGGAAAAGGGCACUAUGAAUUUGCAAUGAUGUGUUAAUAUGAAGAUAAUCAGCACCGAAUAUAAAAUAAAAUGACUCCUUAAUAGCAAUGGUCUUAAAACAUACAGAUCUCAUUCAGCAUGUAGACAGCCACCAACAGUUACAUCUUUUUGCGAUGCUCUAAUUUUCUGUUUAAAAGUGAAACUGUUUUUGAAGUUGUCGAUAUUUCCUUGUUGUAUUGUUACUGUUUUGUCUGUGCCCGCUGCAUAUUUAUCUGCUUUUCUGAAAUCCUCAAUGUGGCGUUCAAGUCCUGUCUGUAAUCACAAAUCCAAAAUGGCCUUGAAUAUUCGGACCCAGUGCAGCCUGUGUGUGCACUAGAGGGUUUCUAUGGUGCUUUGUAUAAAAGUGACAAUAACCUUUAUUACAGAUGCUGUGUAUAUUUGAUAUACUAAUGUUUAUCCAAUUUUGUGAGAGUAUCUUUAGAAGAAUCCCCGCCUAGUGGUGUGUGUGUUGGUACUGCACAGGGUCUGAUCUUCGCUUUGUAACCCCUCCCUCAUGGCUACAAGUAUGGUAAGGUAGAUAUUUUCUAGCUUUGUAGAAACUUUGUACCCAUAUGCUAUUCACUUGAAAUAAAUGGUCAGUUCAAAACUGU